AUUUGAGCCUGGAGCUUUUGUUCACACUUUAAAUAGCAGUCCCAGAAUGAUUUCACUACAGACUCUCUGGAAAGCCUGGGAGCUGAAUUCCGGAAGAUCCCCACAUCGAUGAAAGCAAAGCGAAGCCACCAAGCCAUCAUCAUGUCCACGUCGCUACGAGUCAGCCCGUCCAUCCAUGGCUACCACUUCGACACAGCCUCUCGUAAGAAAGCCGUGGGCAACAUCUUUGAAAACAUAGACCAGGAAUCACUACAAAGGCUCUUCAGAAACUCUGGAGACAAGAAAGCAGAGGAGAGGGCCAAGAUCAUUUUUGCCAUAGAUCAAGAUGUGGAGGAGAAAACACGUGCCCUGAUGGCCUUGAAGAAGAGGACAAAAGACAAGCUUUUCCAGUUUCUGAAGCUGCGGAAAUAUUCCAUCAAAGUUCACUGAGGAGAAGAGGAUGGAUAAGGACGUUAUCCAAGAAUGGACAUUCAAAGACCAAGUGAGUUUGUGAGAUUCUAACAGAUGCAGCAUUUUGCUGCUACCUUGCAAGCUUCUCUUCUGUCAGGACUCCAGAGGCUGGAAAGGGACAGGGACUGGAAAGGGACCAGGACUGAACAGACUGGUUACAAAGACUCCAAACAAUUUCAUGCCCUGUGCUGUUACAGUGAAGAACAAAAUGCUUUCAGCAAGGAUUUGAAAACUCCCGUCCCUGCAGGAAAGGAUUGAUGCUGAUAGAAGAGCCUGGACAGAUGUAAUGAGAACUAAAGGAAACAGAUGGCUGGAGAUGACAUAUAUCCAGGGUCACUUUGUCAGGCCCUAGGACUUAAAUUGAAGCUGAACUUUUUUUUUUUUUUAACCAAAUAGAUAGGGGAAGGGAGGAGGGAGAGGGAGGACAGGGAGAGAAAAUACCACGCAUAAAUUGUUUACUGAAUUUUUAUAUCUGAACGUUCAAAAUAUUGCCAAGCCUGAAUAUUGUCUAUUGGUAUAGAUUUUUAGAAAUCAAUAAUUGAUUAUUUAUUUGCACUUAUUACAAUGCCUGAAAAAGUGCACCACAUGGAUGUUAAGUACAAAUUCAAGAAAGUAAGAUGUCUUCAGCAACUCAGUAAAACCAUACGCCACCUUUUGGUUUGUAAAAGGUUUUUUAUACAUUUCAAACAGGUUGCACAAAAGUUAAAAUAAUGGGGUAUUUUAUAAAUCCAAAGUACUGUGAAAACAUUUUAUAUAUUUUUUAAAUCUUCUGACUAAUGCUAAAACGUAAUCUAAUUAAAUUUCAUACAGUCACUGCAGUAAGCAUUAGGAAGUGAAUAUGAUAUACAAAAUAGUUUAUAAAGACACUAUAGUUUCUAUAAUUUAUUUUACUGGCAAAUGUCAUGCAACAAUAAUAAAUUAUUAUAAACUUUG